CAGACCAGUUGACUUCUUCCUGCCGAACAUUCACCGUCAGCAGACACUUACCCACAAUGGCCUACAUCUCACAACUUGAUGUGUCCAUUAAUGAAGCUCAGGAGCAAGAGCUCCAGUCACAAGGCUUCAAGAAAAUCUAUGUUGAUCUAAACAAAGGAGCAGGAGGAAAUGACAUCUAUCUUUGGUACAAAAAAGGGUCAGUACCAAUCACCAGGGUUCAGUUUACAUUCAACGAUGACAUGGCUGUUGGACUGAUUAAUGCAGGGUACACAAAGAUCGAUAAAGAUCUCAAUGCUGGAGCAAAAGGUGAUUUCAUCUACCUUUGGUACUUCAGAGGGUCCGGGGAGUUCCACACUCCCAUAGUGGAGAUUGAUGUCACUACAGAUGGAGAUAGUGAAGCUGGGAAGUUCAGCACAGGCUGGGAGAAAUCAGCCUGUGAUCUAAACCGCAACGCUAAAGGGAACUGGAUCCACGCCUGGGUGAAGAGAGAGAAACAAACCUACAUCUGUGAUGUCUCUGCCACUGCUUCCUACUUAUCAGACCCUGACUACUAUAAGAAAGGUUACAUACAUGUGGAUGAAGAUACUAACAGAGGUGCAAAAGGUGUCUAUGUCUUCAUCUGGUACCGUCAGACCACCGACCCAAAGCGUGCUCUCACUGAUCUGAAAAUCUCCACCAACGAUCUUGAGUAUCAGUCUCUUAAGCAGCAAGGUUACACAUCAGUGAGUGUUAACCUCAACGAGGGGACCGGAGGUAACCCGGUGUACCUGUGGUACAAGAAAGAUGGCAUCACCAAGCCCAUUAAGGCCAUGUCCCUGCUUCUCAACACAGAUGCUGUACCAGUGUAUGAGAAGGCUGGUGUCUCUGUUAUCAAAAGAAAUCUCAACACAGGCACUAAGGGCAACACUGAGUACCUGUGUGUCUAUCAGUGA